AUGAAGUGGGCUAUCGUUCUGUGUGCCGUGGUGGCACUCUCUGAAUGCAUCAUCCAGGUGCCGCUGAUCAAGGGGAAGAGUGCCAGGGAGAGCCUGGAGGAGCAGGGUCUGUGGAAUGAGUACAGAGGGAAGUUCCCUUUCAACCCCACCAGGUUUGACGACCAGAGCCUAUAUGUCUCCAGCGAGCAGAUGACCAACGACGCUGAUUUGGCGUACUUUGGAGUGAUCUCCAUUGGAACUCCACCUCAGUCCUUCACUGUCAUCUUUGACACUGGAUCAUCCAACCUGUGGAUUCCCUCCGUCUACUGCAGCAGCGCAGCUUGCGCCAACCACAACAGGUUCAACCCUGGUUUGUCCUCUACCUUCAAGAAUGCUGGGAAGAGCCUGUCCAUCCAAUACGGUACUGGCAGUAUGACUGGCUUCGAGGGCUUCGACACCGUUGUGGUGGGUGGGAUCCCUGUGAAGAACCAGAUCUUUGGGCUGAGUCAAUCGGAGGCUCCCUUCAUGGCUCAUAUGAAGGCUGAUGGUAUCCUGGGUCUGGCUUACCCCCGCCUGGCUGCCUCUCAGGCCACACCAGUCUUUGACAACAUGAUGACCCAGCAUCUCGUCAACCAGGACAUGUUCUCUGUCUACCUGACUCGUAACUCUGCGGAAGGUAGCAUGGUGACCUUCGGAGGCAUUGACACCAACCACUACUCCGGCCAGAUCGCAUGGAUCCCCCUGUCCUCUCAGAUGUACUGGCAGAUCACCGUCGACAGUGUGACUGUGAACGGCCAGAUUGUGGCCUGUAAUGGCGGCUGCCAGGCUAUCGUGGACACCGGCACCUCUAAUAUUGUGGGACCUCAGGCCGACAUCUCCAGCAUGGCCCGUGCUGUGGGAGCCCACUCCGCCAACGGAGACAAUGUGGUUAACUGUAACAACAUCAACAACAUGCCAUCGAUGGUCUUCCACAUCCACGGACAGGCCUUCACUCUCCCAGCCUCCACCUAUGUCCGCCAGUCCACCUACUAUGGCUGCCGUACCGGUCUCCAGUCUAGUAGCUCCGACCUGUGGAUUCUGGGUGACAUCUUCAUCCGACAGUACUAUUCCAUCUUCAGCAGAGCCCAGAACAUGGUGGGUCUGGCCCUGGCUAGAUAA